UGUCAGUUUUCACUGUCAGAUUAGCUUAAUUCAAAUUGUGCGAAUUUUCAAUUUUGCAAUGGAAUUACGUGUGUUUUUACGAUUUGCUUAUAAAAUGAAUUAUUACUAUAAUAAACAAUGAAAUCAAAGCUAUCAACAUACGUUGUUUCUAAUGUUUUAUCGAUGACUAUACGUUGCCUUAACCACAUUAGUCAUGUUAUUUAUAGGUAGGCCUACGCAAAGUGAAACUAUGAAGUGCGAUUGGAAAACACAAGGAGAAAUGAAACUUCUAUUGGAUCGUUGUAGAACUGUAAUUAUAUUUUCUAGUGUGGUGUGCACUUUUGCAGCUGUUAUAUCGCUACAUAAAAUUUUAAGCCACGAUGUUAAAUUUAUUAAGCCUUUUUCUCCAUUGCCAGCUGGCUUGUAUGGUAACUACUUAGAACCUUUCGUUGGGGAGCCCCCACCUUCCACCCCUAAAAGCUAUGAUAAAGCAAGGGAUUCCGAAGCUGUCGGAUCGUUGAACGCGGCACUAGAAAUGAAAAAAAAUGGCAAAUCAGAUAAGGCGUUAAAAUUAUUUCAACAUGCAUUUGCACUUUCACCCAAACACCCAGACAUUCUCAAUCACUAUGGUGAGUUUUUAGAAGACACAAAGCAAGAUGUGGUUAAAGCUGAUCAAUUGUAUACUCUGGCAUUAAGCAAUUUUCCUGAUCAUAGAGGAGCAUUAUCAAACCGACAACGAACAGCAAGUAUAGUUGAAAAUCUGGAUCGAGAAAUGUUACGAAAGAUUGAUGAAAAAAGAGAUGCAUUACUAUCAAUACCAGAAAAUGAUGCUGCUUUGCGCCGAGCAAAGAAAGAAGCUUACUUCCAACAUAUUUACCAUACCGUAGGUAUAGAAGGGAAUACAAUGACUUUGUCUCAAACAAGAAGUAUUUUGGAAACAAGAAUAGCAGUGGCUGGAAAAAGUAUUGAUGAACAUAAUGAGAUCUUAGGAUUGGAUGCAGCAAUGAAAUAUAUAAAUUCAACUUUGCUGUAUCGUGUGCGAGAUAUAACUAUGGGAGAUAUACUAGAGAUACAUAAAAGAGUAUUAGGGCAUGUGGAUCCCAUUGAAGGUGGUCAUUUCAGAAGAACACAGGUAUAUGUUGGAGGACACAUUCCUCCAGGACCAUCUGAGAUUCAAAAACUAAUGACUCAGUUCUUAGAAUGGCUUAAUUCAGAAGAUGCUAUGGAACUGCAUCCAGUGAGAUAUGCAGCAUUAGCUCACUACAAACUUGUACACAUUCAUCCAUUUAUAGAUGGCAAUGGACGGACAUCCCGACUUCUUAUGAAUCUACUACUAAUGCAAGCUGGUUACCCACCCGUGAUCAUUGCUAAACAACACCGUCAUAUGUAUUACCAGCAUUUGCAGACAGCUAAUGAAGGAGAUGUUAGACCAUUUGUUAGAUUUAUAGCACAAUGCACAGAGCGUACACUGAAUUUGUAUUUGUGGGCGACAAGUGAAUAUAGCCACAUGGUACCUGCUAUUGGAGAACCGCAUAUUCUGACCGGUGAAGGUUUUGAAGAUCUUUUAUAACAAUAGUUAAUCCUCGGUCCUAUACAGACAUGUAAGGAAGUAGUCAGUAGUAACAAAUGAGAUGGGUUUUGAAAUUAUAAUUAAUUAGACAAUGGUGCUAUUCUGAUGUACAACUCUAAAAUAAAUUAAAACGUCAAAUGUAGCAGUUGAUACACAUAUUUUCAUUAACUACUUACAUAUUUGAAGCAACUAAAUAUAAAUGAAUAUUUUAUUAAUAAAUAAUUGUUAGACCCUUAUUCCAAUAGGUAUCUCAAGUCACGGCUUCCACUUGAGCCCUGUCAAAUGUCAAACUACAAGUAAAUAAAGUUAUAGAGACCUUAGUUUAGUCCAAUCCAAAGAAUCCUGUUUUUGAGAGGAUUCAACAAAUUUUAGGCGUUAUGUACUUUAGAAUUAGUAUUAAAGAAUGUACCAAAAAGACACUUCUUAUCCAGUAUAAACUCUUUAUAAUUUCAUUCGUAAUAACGAAAAACUCUCGAUAACGUAAAAUGAUUAAUAUUUAUUUGGUUUAACCCAAUACCCAUACAUUAAUUCUUCUCUCCCUAUAACGAAUAAAAAUACUCGGUCCCUUGAAAUUCAUUAUAAAGAGUUUACAUUGUAUUAUCUAUUCCUCACCAUUAUUUCUACUAUUGUAUAUUUCUUAAAACACAAUUUAGUUUUGUGCAGUGUACAUAGAGAAAAAUGGUUUUAGCUUUGAAAAAUUUGGUCUAUGUUUUAGAGUAGACCAAUGGAGCAAAGAUUAUUUUGCUCAGCAAGAUGUGUUUUAAGCCAAGAAAUUUUAGUUCUAUUGUUAAAUGGAAGAAUUGUCACUCAAAUUACUGACUUAAUGUAUAUUUCAUGUCAUGUAUUUAUAUUUUAAGUAAUAUAUUUAUAUUAGGAAAAUUUUAUGUUAUUAAAUUAGAUUGAUAGGUAUCAACGCACAGUAUUAAAAUAGCUCAUACGAGUAUCACAUAAAAAUACCUAUUUUUUUUUUCCAAUUUGUGUUAAAAUGCCUUCCAGUCUUUUCAUGUAUGCUACAUACGAACCUAAAAAUAUUAUUGUAAAUAUGUAAAUAUGAUUGUUAAACAUUAUUUAUUUUUAAUUCCUGUGAUAUACUUUGUUUAGUCAAUCGAAUAUUAUUCAACUUGGAAAUUUUAAACUCACAUUUGAAUUUUUUUGUAAUCAGUUCAUGCGUGUCUUCCACGACAUUAAGUUCCUUAAUAGUAUUGUAUGGUUGAACACUAUUCAGUACAAACUCUGUGUCUUAAUAAAUUAUUCAAGCCGA